AUGGCUUCCUUAGCAAGUGCCAAUAUUUUUGAUGACAAGCCAAAAAGUCGACGACCGAAAGUUUCAUUUUUUCCCGUUUUCUUUUCUUCUUUCUCCCGUUUUCUUUUCUUCUUUCUCCCGUUUUCUAGACUUAGAAUUGAUAAAUUUCUCUCUAAAUACCAAAUUAAACAGCAACGCUUGCCGGCAUGGCAACCCAUCCUAACAGCAGGAACUGUCCUGCCUGCGUUCUUUGCUAUUGGGGUCUCAUUUAUUCCUCUUGGGGUUGUCUUGCUUCUCACCUCUGAUCAUGUCAAAGAAGCGACAGCUGAUUACACAAAUUGUAGAAAUGAAAACAAUCAAACAUGUCUAGAUGUCAUUGCACAAGACACCAUGGCUAGUUGCACUUGUAAAAUUGCUAUAAACCUUACAGAAUCUUUCAAGCAACCAGUGUAUCUCUAUUAUGGCCUGACAAAUUUUUACCAGAAUCACCGUCGUUAUGUGCGAUCCCGUGAUGACAAACAGCUGAAAGGUGAUGAGUUUGCUCCAGACAAACUAGCUAAAGAAUGUGAACCUUUCCGCUGGACAAACACUAGUGGUCAGGUCGGUUAUGCUCCAUGUGGUGCUAUUGCUAAUAGCUUGUUUAAUGAUUCAUAUACAUUGGAAUAUAAUAACAAUAAAAACACUACCCAAGUCCAUCUGAUUAAAACUGGCAUUGCUUGGAAAUCUGACAAAAUGGUCAAAUUCAGCAACCCUUCUGCCUCAUUUCAGAAAAGUCCGUACUAUGUACACCCACCAUACUGGCAGAAAUCGGUGUGGGAGUUGGACGAGAUAUCUGUGGAUGACAAUGGUUACCACAAUGAAGACCUAAUAGUGUGGAUGCGGACAGCAGCUUUACCAACUUUCAAGAAGCUUCAUAGGCGCAUCAACCACACAGGCAUCUUUAAGAAUUCCCUGCCUGCUGGCCUUUAUACUAUCACUAUUGAUUAUAAUUACCCUGUACACAGCUUUGAUGGAACUAAGAGGAUUGUGCUGACAACAAUGUCUUGGCUGGGUGGCAAGAAUCCUUUCCUUGGCAUUGCCUAUCUGGUAGUGGGCUGCAUCUGUAUUCUUUUGGGCAUUGUGCUUACCAUUAUUCACUUCAAGUGUGGCAAGAGAUCGCAAGAUAUGAGUGUCACAGGCAGAACCAAUUAUUGA